CGCCGCCGAGGGGAGGUGACCGCGGCCCGGCUGGGCCACCAGUGGCCGUGCGCGGAGGGAACGCCGAGCGCAGAGAGCAGCACCAGGAAGCAUGGAGCCUGGGUCCGUGGUCCGUGCCAUCUUUGACUUCUGCCCUAGCGUCUCAGAGGAGCUGCCACUCUUCGUGGGGGACGUAAUUGAGGUGUUGACCGUGGUGGAUGAAUUUUGGCUUCUAGGGAAGAAGGAAGAUGUUACAGGACAGUUCCCCAGCAGUUUCGUGGAGAUCGUGACAAUUCCCAGUCUGAAAGAGGGAGAGAGGCUGUUUGUUUGCACCUGCGAUUUCAUAUCUCGAGAGCCGAAUAGUCUUUCCCUCCAUCGAGGAGACCUGGUGAUUAUCGAGGGUACUCCCACAGCAGGAUGGCUGCAGGGCCGAAGCUCCCUGGGCGCCAGGGGUUUCUUUCCGUCUUCGUGCAUCCAUGAGCUCUGCCUCUCCUCUCAAAGCCGACAGUGGCAUUCCCAGAGCAUGCUGCUGCAGGUUCCAGAGUACUCCAUGGGACAAGCACGGGCCCUCAUGGGCCUCUCUGCCCAGUUGGAUGAGGAGUUAGACUUCAGGGAAGGAGACGUGAUCACCAUUAUCGGGGUGCCUGAACCAGGCUGGUUUGAGGGAGAGCUAGAGGGCCGAAGGGGCAUUUUCCCAGAAGGUUUUGUAGAGCUUCUGGGGCCCCUGAGGACUGCGGAUGAGUCGGUAAACGCUGGGAGUGGAGAUGACUCCACGCUCAAUGAUGAGGCGGAUGUGUCUCCAGAAGAAGUGGAGAGUGAGGGUGACGAGGACGGCCAGCAGGCGGGGACCUAUGGGAUUGCCCUCUACAGGUUCCAAGCCCUGGAACCAAAUGAGUUGGAUUUUGAGGUAGGGGACAAAAUUCGAAUUCUGGGGACCUUGGAGGAUGGCUGGCUGGAAGGGCGUCUGAAGGGCAAGACAGGCGUCUUUCCCCAUCGCUUUGUGAAGUUAUGUCCUAGCAACAGGUCAGAGGAAACCAUGGCUCUGCCCCAGGGAGACAGCUUCCCCAAGAACUCUGAAAGCUCAGCGGGCGAGAUGGGGGACUCCGUGGUGGAGGAAGCAAGACAGGAUCCACAGGAGUGUGAAGAAGAAGCACCUGACCCUGGUCUCCCAGAACAAACCUCUGAGGAGCCCCUGGAUCAUGUGGCCCCCGAGUGUGUAGUAGAUAAGAUCUCUGGUCAGGAUGACGAUGCCUCAGGAAGCUCCCCAGAUGUGGAUCUUGAAGGGCCUCGUGUUGAAGACCCUUCCACACCUGACCCCUCCCAGGAAGUCAAUGGCAUUUCUUCCCCGCCUCAGGUACCUCUUCAUCCCGAAGAGGAGAAGAGCCAGCAUUAUUUAACAGCAGGAGGGAGCCGCCAACGCCCAGACACAUUCUCCAAGCUUUUCCCUCUAGAAGCCAAGACCAGGAACUACUCCAGCCUGCCUCCAAGAAGAACAUAUACCCAGGGCUGGUCGCUUCAGAAGCCAGUGCCCCAUCUCCACAGGGCCUCCUCCCUCACAGCGUCAAGAGUAAACAGGCCUGGCCACUUUAGCCACACAGCCAUGGCCAGCUGUGCUCAGAAGCACCAAACAUCUGCAGAAAAUGCUGCCAGCCUCUGCUGUGCACCCGAGAGACCAAAGAGGAGGCCUGGCCUACCAGACAAGGAACCCGCCACAGAAAUAACCCCAGCGUCACAGGGGGACAACCUGGACUUAGAUUCCAAGUUGACCCAACAGCUGAUAGAGUUUGAGAAGAGUCUGUCAGGGCCCAGCACAGAGCCAAAGAAAAUUGUACGCCGCUUUUCAAUCAUGGACUUUUACUCAGAGAAGGAUAUCGUGAGAGGCUCCUCAAACUCACUACCCUCACGGGAUUUCCCUGAGAGGAGAAAGGCCCUGAGGCCACCGCCGCCCAGACCUCGUACCCCAACAUCCACUUCUCCCCAUUUGCUGGUUGACCAGAGCCCAAAACCUGUACCCCCCUUGGUUGUGAGGCCAUCCCGCCCAGCUCCCCUGCCACCUCCUACCCAGCAGAGGCUGAACACAGCCUCUCCCAAGCCCACCUCCUGUGCCCUUCCUGGCUGGGAGGCUCCAGAGAAGGAGGGCUCUGAGUGCACAGAGAAGAGCCCAGCCCAGCCUUUUCCGUGCCCAUCUGUGCUGGCGAGGAUUCAGGAUGUGGAACACGACUUGGACAUGCACACCAGGGCUCAGGAAGAGCUGAACUUGCUGUUAGAGGAAAAGCAAGAUGAAUCGUUGAGGGCGGAGACUCUCGAGACUCUCAAAUCCUACGAGAGCACCAUUCAGAGUCUGAACCUGGAGCUCCAGCAGCUGAGAGAGAUGACGCUCCUCUCCUCCCAGUCUUCAUCCCUGGCGGCCCCCUCUGGGUCUGUGUCCACCGAAAAGCCUGAGCAGAGGAUGCUGGAGAAGAGAGCCAAGGUGGUGGCUGAGCUUUUGCAGACGGAAAAAGACUACAUCCGGGAUCUGGAGAUGUGCGUCGAGAGGGUCAUGGUGCCCCUGCAGCAGGCACAGGUACCAAACAUUGAUUUUGAAGGACUUUUUGGAAACAUGCAAACGGUGAUUAAAGUCUCAAAGCAGUUGUUGGCAGCCUUGGAAAUCACCGAUGCUGUAGGACCCGUGUUUCUGGAUCACCGGGACGAACUUGAGGGGACGUACAGACUUUACUGCCAGAACCACGACGAAGCCAUUUCGCUGCUAGAUAUCUACGAGAAGGACGAGAGGAUCCAGAAGCACCUCCAGGACUACUUGGCAGAUCUCAAGAGCCUGUACCACGAAUGGGGAUGCACCAAUUACAUCAACCUGGGCUCCUUCCUCAUCAAGCCCGUACAGAGAAUAAUGCGUUACCCGCUGCUGCUAAUGGAGCUGCUGAAUUCCACCCCGGAAUCCCACCCAGAUAAAGCGCCUUUAACCAGCGCAGUCCUGGCCAUCAAGGAAAUCAAUGCUAACAUUAAUGAAUAUAAACGUCGGAAGGAUCUAGUGCUUAAGUACCGCAAAGCGGAUGAAGACAGCCUCAUGGAGAAGAUCUCCAAGCUCAACAUCCACUCCAUCAUCAAGAAGUCCAGCCGGGUUAGCAGUCACCUGAAACACCUCACUGGCUUCGCUCCCCAGCUAAAAGAUGAAGCAUUUGAAGAGACAGAAAAGAACUUCCGGAUGCAGGAGAGAUUGAUUAAAUCUUUUAUCCGAGACCUGUCCCUCUACCUCCAGCACAUACGGGAAUCUGCUUGUGUGAAGGUGGUGGCAGCCAUGAGCAUAUGGGAUCUGUGCAUGGAGAGGGGACAUCAUGACCUGGAGCAGUUCGAGAAGGUGCAUCGAUACAUCAGCGACCAGCUCUUCACACGGUUUAAAGAGAGGACCGAGCGGCUUGUCAUCAAUCCCUUAAACCAGCUGUUGAACAUGUUCACGGGGCCCUACAAGCUGGUGCAGAAGCGUUUCGACAAGCUCCUGGACUUCUACAACUGCACUGAGCGAGCGGAGAAGCUUAAGGACAAGAAGACUCUGGAGGAUCUCCAGUCAGCCCGAAACAACUACGAGGCCCUGAACUCCCAGCUGCUGGACGAGCUGCCCAAGUUCCAGCAGUACGCCCAGAGCCUCUUCACCAACUGCAUCCACGGCUACGCCGAAGCCCACUGUGACUUCGUGCAGAAGGCCCUGGAGCAGCUGCAGCCCCUGCUGUCGCUACUGAAAGCCAGCGACCGAGAAGGCAACCUGAUCGCCAUCUUCCACGAGGAGCACAGCCGGGUCCUCCAGCAGCUCCAGGUCUUCACUUUCUUCCCCGAGGCCCUCCCAGCUCCCAGGAAGCCCUUUGAGAGGAAAACCACAGACCGCCAGUCAUCACGGAAGGCCCCCCUGAGCAUGCCAAGCUACAUGCUGCAGUCAGAAGAACUGCGGAGCUCCCUGCUGGCGAGGUACCCACCGGGAAAGCUCUUCUAUGUCCAACGCAACUUCAACGCAGCUCAGGACUUGGAUGUCUCCCUUUUGGAAGGUGACCUGGUGGGCGUGAUCAAAAAGAAAGACCCCAUGGGCAGCCAGAACCGCUGGCUUGUGGACAACGGAGUCACCAAAGGCUUUGUCUACAGCUCCUUCCUGAAGCCUUACAACCCUCGCUGCAGCCAUUCGGAUUCCUCUGUGGUCAGCCAUUCUUCCACAGAGUCCGAGCACAGCGGCUCCUCCCCCAGCUUCCAUCGCCAGAACAGCAGCAGUGCCUUGACCUUCAACUCCAACAGCAUGACUGUGUCCUUCACCUCAGGGCUUCCCCAGAAGCAGCCUCAGGACACGUCUCCACUGAGGGAAUGUGUCCCCGAAACUCUUGGUGUGUCCUCGAACACGGGGAACCCAGAAACUGGACCUUCCCCAUGCCCUUCAGAUCCAGGCUUCUCCUGCCAGCGCAGGCCGGGCAACCCUGCAGAUGGCCCCCGAGAGAUCAGCCAACCUGCUUCAACCUUGAGGGGCUGCCAGCGACGCUCCCUGCAUUCCGAAGUGCUCGGUUACCCUGUGCCAGGGCGCAGUGACCAAGGCAGUGACUCCAUAAAAGGAACCUCAAGAGCCUGUCAGACCGCAGGAGACAGAGACAGAGGGCUCGGAAGCAGCGAGGCAGAGGGCAACCAGGUCUAUUUUGCCAUCUACACCUUCAAGGCACGAAACCCAAAUGAACUGACUGUGUUGGCCAAUCAGAGACUCAGGAUCCUUGAGUUUAAAGACGUCACAGGCAAUACAGAGUGGUGGUUGGCUGAAGUUAACGGAAAGAAGGGCUACGUCCCGUCCAACUAUAUCCGAAAAACUGAGUACACCUGAGCCAAGUUGCCUCGGGUCCCCACCUCGCUGCCGCUUUCAGUCCACUGAGAGGUUCUGGUGGGCUCCAGGCACCUGCUCUCAAGCAGGGCUCCACCCCACUGCCUAUCCAUAACGCGGAGCGCACAAUAAGCUUUGUUCUGAUUGAGUUGUACACUUUGAUGCUCGCUAGAAUUUGACGUGGGUGGACCCCAAAGGUUUGCCAGUGACUCAGUGUCCACAGGAAGCAGGCCAAGUGCUGGUGUCCGCUUUGGGAAAUGAGACGUUCCCAAUCAGAAAUGCAGUAUUGUAUGCCGGAAGCUGUACGGCAUCAGAGGACGCUGGCAUUGGCUGCCUCGUACGCCUUGGUCAACUGAGUAGUCACGGGGUGAGGAGGAGCGGGUUCUGAGAGCUUCUCCAUCGCGCCUCCAUACACAGGAACAGUUAUGUCAGGAUCACACCAAACCUGGUGUGUCAAGGUGUCUGAGACACCCCGGUGCCCGGCAGCCUUCUUUCUCUGACACUUGCCCCUCACUCCUAGUUCUUAACACGAUAGCCUGUCACUGCUUCCCCGUUGAAUGUUUACAGUCUAACUUUUCUUCCACCCGUGAGUCUGGACCAUGUGUCUGGAAGGUUCUCUUACCUUGUCGAACAUGGUCAUCUGCCUCUUCCCUGACACUCAUUUUAAUUUUAUUUGAUCUUGAUGGUGUCUCCUAACCUUUCUCCCUAUACUUAUUGACUGACAAGAUUUCCCUAGUCUAGCGGGCUUGGCACUCGGGCCAGCCACUGACAGUAUUCUGCUGGGUGGAAGCCGGACGCCUGCCCCACCCCCUUCCACCCCAGCACUCUGCUGCGGUCUAGUCACCUCCACACGUGCUCAAGACAAGCCACGUGGCUUAUUUUGAAGUAGGUAGGACCGGUGGCCGAAGAAGCUUGCCUUAGAGUUUGGAAAUAAGAAUUUUCUUUCUCACCACCAACUGCCAUACUUCAAGGACAAUAUUUCAAAGUCAGACAGAUGCUAAUGUGCCUAAUGAGACCUCGAACCCAAGGCUGGAAGGUGAUUGCUAAACCCUCAUGUGAAGAAACGGUCCCAGAGACUUGACUCAGCAUGAGUCCUAGACUGCAGCCUUCCAGCUGCACACGUGGCCUUAAAAUCCUGGUGAAUCAGGGCAGCCUGUGGACACCCCGGCUGCACCACGGGUCGGAGCCUCUUAUGAAGUGUUUAUAUUUAGAGAUGUUUAUAUUUAAGUCGCUAUUUUUUAAAUAAAGCAUUUCUAUUGACUGUAA